AUUAUAUAAUUGUCUAGAGAGAGACAGAGAGAGAGAGAGAGCGAGUUUUUAGAGAAAGGAAGAGAGAGAGAGGGGGAGAGAGAGCGUCAUACCAUUCCAUUCCUAGAGGGGGAAAAGCUUCUCUUAGCUCUCCCUUCUGUGCGCUCGUGUUCGUUGGUUUUCAAGAUCUAGUGCCGUUCUUGGUGAUUCGAAUUUUUUGAAUCGAAGAAGACGGGGCGACUACCAUGUCGUCGCUUAGUAGAGAGCUUGUAUUCUUGAUUUUACAGUUCCUCGAUGAGGAAAAGUUCAAAGAGACUGUUCACAAGCUUGAGCAGGAAUCUGGGUUUUUCUUUAAUAUGAAGUAUUUUGAGGAUGAGGUGCAAAAUGGGAAUUGGGAGGAGGUUGAGAAAUACCUUUCCGGGUUCACAAAAGUGGACGACAAUCGGUACUCAAUGAAAAUCUUUUUUGAGAUAAGGAAGCAAAAGUACCUUGAGGCAUUGGAUAAGCAUGAUCGUUCCAAGGCUGUGGAUAUAUUAGUAAAGGAUUUGAAAGUUUUUGCCACAUUUAAUGAAGAGCUUUUCAAGGAAAUCACUCAGCUCUUGACAUUGGAGAAUUUUAGAGAAAAUGAGCAACUUUCCAAAUAUGGAGAUACCAAAUCUGCCAGAGCAAUCAUGUUGGUGGAGCUUAAGAAACUAAUUGAAGCAAAUCCUUUAUUCCGUGACAAAUUGCAAUUCCCAAACCUUAAAAAUUCAAGGUUACGGACUCUCAUCAACCAAAGCUUGAAUUGGCAGCACCAACUGUGUAAAAACCCUAGGCCAAAUCCAGAUAUAAAAACCCUAUUCGUGGAUCACUCUUGUGCACAACCAAAUGGUGCACGUGCUCCAUCACCUGCAAACAAUCCACUGCUUGGAUCCUUACCAAAAGCUGGGGGUUUCCCUAAUCUAGGUGCACAUGGGCCUUUCCAACCUGCACCAGCACCUGUGCCAACGCCCCUUGCAGGUUGGAUGUCCAAUCCUUCCACUGUAACUCAUCCAGCAGUUUCUGGAGGAGCUAUUGGUCUUGGUGCUCCAUCAAUCCCAGCUGCUUUGAAGCAUCCAAGGACUCCUCCGACUAACCCUUCACUAGACUACCCAUCUGGGGAGUCUGAUCAUGUUUCUAAAAGAGCUCGACCAAUGGGGAUUACUGAUGAGGUUAAUCUGCCCGUUAAUGUGUUGCCAGUAACAUUCCAGGGUCAUGGUCAUGGUCAGCCAUUCAAUGCGCCCGAUGACUUGCCAAAAAUUGUUGCUCGGACCUUAAAUCAAGGGUCAUCUCCCAUGAGCAUGGAUUUUCAUCCUGUUCAACAAAUCUUACUUCUUGUUGGUACCAAUGUUGGGGACAUUGGGUUGUGGGAAGUUGGUUCUAGGGAGCGGUUAGUUUUGAGGAAUUUCAAAGUUUGGGAUCUCAGCGCAUGUUCAGUGCCUCUGCAGGCAGCUCUGGUUAAAGAUCCUGGUGUAUCUGUUAACCGUGUGAUUUGGAGCCCUGACGGUUCUUUGUUUGGAGUUGCAUACUCCAGGCACAUCGUUCAAAUAUAUUCUUAUCAUGGGAAUGAUAACAUACAGCAGCACCUGGAGAUUGAUGCUCAUGUUGGCGGAGUAAAUGACAUAGCAUUCUCCCACCCAAACAAGCAACUUUGUGUCGUAACCUGUGGUGACGAUAAGACCAUCAAGGUGUGGGAUGCUACUACUGGUGCAAAGCUGUAUUCUUUUGAAGGUCAUGAGGCUCCUGUUUUUUCUGUCUGUCCUCACUAUAAGGAAAACAUUCAGUUUAUCUUUUCAACUGCACUGGAUGGAAAGAUAAAAGCAUGGUUGUAUGACCACUUGGGAUCUCGAGUUGAUUAUGAUGCUCCUGGUCGCUGGUGCACGACAAUGGCUUACAGUGCUGAUGGUACUAGGCUCUUUUCAUGUGGGACAAGUAAAGAUGGGGAAUCGUUUAUUGUUGAAUGGAAUGAAAGUGAAGGAGCAGUGAAAAGGACCUAUCAAGGAUUCCGUAAGCGUUCUUUGGGUGUUGUGCAAUUUGAUACAACUAAAAACCGGUUUUUAGCUGCUGGUGAUGAUUUCUCUAUCAAAUUCUGGGAUAUGGACAACGUUCAACUUUUGACUACUGUUGAUGCCGAAGGAGGCCUCCCAGCAAGCCCACGUAUCCGCUUCAACAGGGAUGGCAAUCUCUUGGCUGUUUCUACCAGUGAAAAUGGAAUUAAGAUUUUGGCAAAUGCAGAUGGCAGUAGGUUGUUACGCACCUUUGAAAAUCUUUCUUAUGAUGCCUCAAGAGCAUCUGAAGCUGUGACAAAGCCGACAAUAAACCCAAUUUCAGCUGCAGCUGCUGUGACUAGUGCUGGACUUGCAGACAGAGGUGCCUCUAUGGUUGCUAUUACUGGAAUGAAUGGGGAUGUCCGGAACUUAGGGGAUGUGAAACCUAGAAUAACAGAAGAAUCUAAUGACAAAUCCAAGAUUUGGAAGCUCACUGAAAUCAAUGAACCAUCUCAAUGCCGGUCUUUAAGGCUUCCUGAAAACCUAAGAGUGACUAAGAUAUCAAGGUUAAUAUAUACAAAUUCAGGUAAUGCCGUUCUGGCAUUAGCAUCAAAUGCCAUUCAUCUGCUCUGGAAAUGGCAACGAAGUGAUCGUAGUACUUCUGGAAAGGCAACUGCUAGUGUGUUACCCCAAUUAUGGCAACCAUCAAGUGGAAUUUUAAUGACCAAUGAUGUUUCUGACACUAGUCCUGAAGAGGCCGUGCCCUGCUUUGCUUUGUCCAAGAAUGAUUCUUAUGUUAUGUCGGCAUCUGGAGGAAAGAUCUCCUUGUUCAAUAUGAUGACAUUUAAGACAAUGACAACUUUCAUGCCACCACCACCUGCAGCAACAUUUCUUGCUUUCCAUCCUCAAGAUAACAACAUUAUUGCCAUUGGCAUGGAUGAUUCCACAAUUCAGAUAUACAAUGUUCGCGUAGAUGAAGUUAAGAGCAAGCUUAAAGGACACUCUAAAAGAAUAACUGGCCUUGGCUUUUCUCAUGUACUGAAUGUUCUAGUUUCAUCUGGAGCGGAUGCUCAGCUCUGUGUAUGGAGCUCUGAUGGAUGGGAAAAGCAGAAGACUAGAUUUCUGCAGCUUCCACCUGGAAGGACUCCUGGACAGUCAGACACUCGUGUACAGUUCCAUCAGGAUCAGAUACAUUUUCUGGUUGCACAUGAAACUCAGCUUGCCAUAUAUGAAACAACAAAACUCGAAUGUGUCAAGCAGUGGGUCCCACGUGAAUCUGCCCCCAUCUCUCAUGCAACAUUCUCAUGUGAUAGCCAGUUGAUAUAUGCCAGCUUCUUAGAUGCGACAGUCUGUGUGUUUACUGCUGCAAAUCUCAGACUACGAUGUCGAAUCAAUCCUUCUGCUUAUCUUCCUUCUAGUGUCAGCAGUUCUAAUGUACAACCACUUGUGAUUGCCGCACAUCCACAAGAACCAAAUCAAUUUGCAUUAGGGCUGUCAGAUGGGGGGGUUCAUGUCUUUGAACCCCUUGAAUCUGAAGGCAAAUGGGGUGUUCCCCCACCUGUUGAGAAUGGGUCAGCAAGCAGUGUGCCAGCUACUUCUCCAGUUGGAGCUUCUGGUUCGGACCAAGCCCAGAGAUGAUCAAGCAGCUGCCAGUGAGAAGUUCUUUUACAUGCUUGCUUGCUGGCCCGUCUCGAAUUCAGUUUGCGGGUCACGACAUGUAAUUUACUGAAGGACGGACGCUGCAAAAUGUGUAGAGUUGACAUUUUUAAUCAAAUUCUAAGGUAAAUGCUGUAGUAGUAUUAAUAGUUGAAGGUCAAUUUAGUUUUUGGAAGGAAAUUCUUCGAAAAAGAAUGUCUUUUGCUCUCAAUCUCUGCUACGAAUCAUUGAACUAUAAAUUAUGUGAUAGGUAUCAAAUAUCAGUGCAGUCUAAUUGGUCAUUA